GUCAAACCACUAUCAAAGAGAUUGAUUUGUUGAAUGUCGAGGAACAAAAUUUUAAAUCAUAUGCAUAAUUCUUUUAUAUUUCGCUAAUUAAAAGAAAAUAGACAAUCAAAACUUACAUCAUGGGGGACGGACUGCAGCCGGACAACUCUGAGAUGCUCAAGGCGUUGUAUGACUUUGAAGCAACCCUAGCUAAAACUUUAAGCUUUUCCGAGGGAGAAUAUUUCUAUCUUCAGCAAAAUAAUACCAAGCAAAGAAACUGGUGGCAUGUUGUUAACAGAAAGGGUCUUGUUGGAUUUGUACCUUCUAAUUAUGUUGCUUCGGUCAAGGUGGAGCAGGAAUUCUUCCUAUCAUUCUUAAAUGAUUGUAUAAAAUCUCUAAAUGAGAAUAAUUCUAUUUCAACACAAAAACAAGAGUUAUUAGCUGGCUUAAUUGAAAAGAAGAAACAAAUUGAAAUGUCAAUGAAACCUCCUAGUAAGAAAGCACAGGCACCUAAGCCGCCGCUAAGGUUAGAUGAUGGUACACCACCAAAUGGUGUAUCGCCAUCAUUUGAUUUGAGACCUGUUGUGUCACAACAACAAAUUACUGAAGAACGGGAAUCCACGAAUUCAUACAUCGGCAAAGAAUUAGAAGAAAAAAAUGAUGGAAAGCAAAAGAAAACAGUGAGUAAAACGUCUUCCAAUCAACUUUCAUCAGAUACUGAUAAUCAGGAUGACAGUCAGGACAGUAGUGAGAGUAUCAAACCAAAUGCCAUUUAUGAGAUUGUACAAGCAGUACGUAAGGAGACCCAGCUCAGUCAUGAAAUGUCAAAAGUGGCUGUAGAAACAGUGCUUGUCUCUUUAAGAGAAUUUCUACCCGGUGGAGCUGCUAGGUCGAUAAUAGACGCACUCCUACGUGAAGCAAAUAGCAAUAUCACAUGUCCAAAGAAUGCUAUUGACGCAGCACCUGAUGCACUACGGAUGAUGACGGCCCUCAAUGCAUUAUCGAAAGCUGCAAAUGACGCACAGCAACGAGGAUGGGCGUUACAUGAUGACGCGCAUGAUAUACAGACACAACUACUUGAACUUAUAUCUGUGAUGUCAAAUGCAGAUGUAAACAUCUCCCAGCAUGUAUUGAGCAGUCAUCGCUAUGCUUAUGUGACAACGCUUGUUCAGUAUUAUCAGAUGGAGACUAGAUGGCCUCUCCGACAGUUGCUCUUACAGGCAUUCGGAGUAAUGUGUGGACUAGAACGUACCGCUCUUGCCACCCUCGCCCUAUCGGCAUUGCCGGCUGAAAUAGCACGCGACAUGCGGGACAACCCGCGCGCUGUCAGCCGUCUCUCGCACUCUGCUCUACUCCUGUCUAUGGUGUUGUCUAUGGGCGAUAAGUUGCCCAUCACGCAUUUUGAACAACUUGGCGUAGAGUUUGCUCAGUUCCUCCUCGAGCUGAUCGAGAGUCCUCCAGAAACAGAUGAGAAUGAACAGAUACCAGAUUUGUUUCUGACACUGCUGUUGGCUUACAAUCUGCAGUUUGAACAGCCCAACGACAAUUUACUACUCAACGCGUUGGAAACUAUGGAUAAUGCUAAAACUUUCUGUGAAAAAGUUCUCCUGUUGCUCAAUAGAGAAGAAGACCCAGUGCAUAUAUUCGACCACGAGCCGGCGCCACCACACUCGGUACUGAAGCUAGUUAUAGACUUGUUCAGUCGCAAGAAAACCGCCGGUCACUUCUACACUAACGAUGUGAAAGUGGCCAUAGAUAUUAUCGUGCGACAGCUAGCGGACUUAUCACCAGGCGACGAGCGGCGCCAACAAUACCUUAAAAUACUCCAAGGCAUCAUCCGAAACACGGAUUACGAAGCUCACCUCCAUCGCAAACAAGACCUUUUCAGGUGCUUCGCUAGAAUCUUCUGCGAGGAAAACGAAGCCAGUCGCGAUGAUCAAGCACUCGUACGCGCUAUAUCGAAUGAAUUCCCCCAGUACUUCAUGGCCUAAGGUUUGGAAACCUCUGACUAAAUUUUUCAGGACGCAGUCCUAUUGAAAAUCAUCGAACAAGAAGCGAAAGCGACUUUCAAAAGGUAUUACGUAAGCAACGUACAUAUGUUACCUUCGUUUGCCUAAUAACAUAUAAGUUACGAGUUUAACGAAAUUGAACUCUAUUGUAACGUAUUAAGCGACAUACUAUGAUGUAUGGAAUAGAUCGGUAUAUUUGAUUGGCGCAUACUUUUGGUGCUUUAUAAUUGGCUCAAAACGUUCUCCUGCAUCAAAAUUAGCGCCAUUCUUACCUUUUUUCUCCUCGCACAAAUGAUUCCUUUAAUUAUAUAGAGCGAUCUAUAUACCCGUGGAUAUUGACACCCACUUGAUAUAUACAUGUUUUCGUCAAAAGGUGCUCAUAUAGCUAACAGACCCGAAAGAGGCGGACGAAUCGAAUCUUUAACCCUGCAAGUGACAUUAAAAUACUGACGAUUCGUGACAUGUGUUCUUAUAUAAGAAUUCCCUUCUUUUACCUCCUCCAGCAAGUUCCAUUCUGAUCUGACCUUUAAAAUUAAUAUUGCUUUCGAGAUUUGAAUGAUGGUACGUUUAAGAUGUUUCUAUUGGCUUUACGAUUUUUCUCUGUGAUGUAAUUACUACUUAAAAUACGUAUUUGAUUAGCAUUCCUAUUUAUUUCCAAUUAGAGGUCUACUGAUAUUUCGCUUUGUACUUAGAAAAAUAAGGAAAAUUGGAGAGUGAUGAAUGUUGUUGAACAUUUCAUUAGAUAUGUAUUUUGAUCGUGUGUAAAACGUUGUGACGUAAUCGCCUGUGUAACCUCGCGUUAUAAUAUAUUGAUGUGAUUCAUAAGAGAAGGCUAGUUAUAAUAUUAAACAGUUUUACGAUCUCAUAUAAAAAAAAAGUUAUUAUGAAGAUAUUACAAUAUUGAAUCAAAAAAUCACCAUUUAGAAUGAUUUAUAUCCUUAGACUUUCUUGAAAUUAUUGCACAAUUUUUUAUUAUUAAUUUGCACAAAAAUAUAAAUUAGUUUUUACUAAACGGUUUGUGUUUGUGAUUCAUCACAUUAUAUUAAAAUUCACAUUAUAAUAUUAUUUAUUAAAAUUCCUACUUUUCGUUAUGUGCCAUUGUCUACCAAAGAAUUUUAUUUUAGUACCAUAGUGUAUUUUGUUAAAGCAAAAAUUUUCUUAAAGCUUCCCACAUUAGGUAAAAUAACAAUUUAUAACAAUUACUAUGAUGCAUUUUCCGGCCUAAUUUAUUAUUUUUCAAACAAAAUUAAGAUAUUAAAAAUACUAUUUUUAUCCAUAAAAAAUGCGUAAUUAUAAACCAAUUAUUAUACAUAUAAAUUAGUAAAAUAUACCAAUCGAAUCUUUAGCCUAAAUAUCUUAACAAAUAAGAAAGUAAUUCAAAAUAUUUUUUCAUCCACUUCAUUAAUUCACAAAUCAAUAGUAUAAUAACAAGGUAAGUAGUUAUAGGAUUAUUUGAAACUUUGUCAAUCCUAUCUGAUCUCAAUAUAAUAUACUUACAAUUUAAUAAAUUUAUAAUUCUUUACAUAUUUUGCUAUUUUGCAAAAUCGCUUAUGCGAUUCACAAACAGGUAUUUCGUUAUUAUUGUAAUUAUUUAUGAAACAAAAAUUUUAUUAUUAAGAUAUAAAAAAGUCGUAGAUCUAGUUUUUAACAUUUUUUAAAUAAAAUCCACAAUCUUCGUGUAGUUUUUCGAUUAUUUCAUUAAAGAUAUACUGUGGAAGUAUUUAAAAAAAAGAAAGCACUAAAAAGCACCUCACUAGAUGGCGACUCUACCAAAAGUGGAUUUUUCAGGUAACGAAUGUACCAAAGAUACGUCAUUUCCGAUCCUUUUAACUAACAUAUUAAAAAACUGAAAUUUGCUAAGUUCGAAACUUAGAUAUUAAUACAAAUACGAAAAAGUACAGAUAGAAUAUGAGUUUUGUAUUGAGUUUUGAAAAUUAAUUUACUUUUAUACAUGAAAUAAAACUGGAAAGGAUGUCAUGGUGAAAUCAAGAAAGUACCGCAGCGAUAUGUUUUUUGAUUUCCGGAACUAAUGUUUUUUUUUUAAUACUUCCUCAUUAUAAAUGUAUUAUUGUUUGCAUUUAUAUAAUCUUACAAUAAGCAUAAGGCAGCUUAGCAAUCACUUGAACAAAAAAUAUGAAAAAAAAUCCAGGCUUAAAAAACUUUUUACAGAAAUAUAGUUCAAAUUAAAUUGAAAUAAAUCGAUAUCAUUGGAUAGAAUUAGUUUGUGACUAAAGUACAAUAAUUGUGUCAGAACAUUAUUGCUUAAAUAUUUAAUCCCGUUGUUAAAGUUACGUCUUAAUAUCGACCAAUAUUCCAGGGUUCAUCAGAGAUAUUACGUUUAUAAUACUCUGAAUAUGUGUUAAAAUAUAUAGAGCACUAUUUAAAGUUCAUUAUUGUAUAGAUUUAAGUGUCUAUCUUAACGAGAAAUGUGUUAUUAAAUACAAAUAUUGUGAAAACAAAGUUAGCAUCAAUUAAUUAAUCAUGUUAAAUUGUAUCAAUAAUGAUUAUAUUUCAAAAUUUUAUUGUCAAAAAGAUAUAUUUAAGUAAAUAUAAUAAGAGAUUCUUAUUUAUUGCAUUUUACUUUUUAUGGUGCUCAAAAUUUGAAGCCAAAUUUUUGUAGUGAAAAGUGUUUGCAUUUGUGAAAAGUGAAGAUAUCUAUAGCAUAGUCGAUACCCGAUAUCGACUACGAGCCGCUCUAAUUAUAACCUCUGUAAUUCCUUUAUCAUUAUUAUACCUAAGUCGUGCACUGCCCGUGAUAAGGCAACAAGAAGAAGUUGAAUAAAAUUCAACUUCUUCCCGUGACAAGAAGUUGAAUUUUAAGUCGGUUAAGUACGAGGGAUGACCCAUCUUUGACUGUUAGCUGCUUAGUUUUUGCGUGAUCGAUACACUCAACCCUGUCUAAUCAACUAUCGCUUCUAUUGUGGCUCAAUUCUAAUCCAAUCUUAUAUACACCCUAGGGUGUAUUAUAACAAUAUUA